AUGCUGCUCAACAAACAAGAAACUAUUUACGAGAGUAAUGACUACUUUCCAUUCAAUCAUACAUAUGCAGAUGCACUAUUGCGUACAUUUGCUUCUCUUGAACCACCCUCACCAUCCACGUUAUCAAUAACAUCAUCGGAACAUAACCGUGUCGGUUCUUCUAUAUCAUUAUUGCAAGAUGAAUUGUACGACGAUUCAAUCUUGGAAAUAGCCUCUUCAUCAUCAUUUUCCUCCUCUUUAUUCACUGACGACGAAGACGAACACUUCCUACUCGAAACAUAUGUACCAUUAAUCUCAAACAACAACGAAUCAUUGGAAAAAUUUCAUCGCUUACUUGCUCGUUUGGAUAGAUUUUACAAUACGAAAGAAAUGUCAACAAAAACUCUAUUUCCUUCAACUACACAUAUUAAUGAUCGAUAUUUCUUUCAUACGAAACGAUCAACUAAACAUAAAUCAAAUCAAACGUCACCAUCGUUAACAAAACGUUAUAAAUUCUCUUCUACAACACAGGCAGAUCCAAUUUACAGUUCCUCAACGAAACAAAUCGAACAACGAUCGCAUUCGUUCGAUUCAAAUCGUUAUUACUUUUCGUCAGAUAGUACCAUGAAAUAUUCACCUUUAACAUUCACAUAUCUUCCUACCGAAAGUUAUUUCGAACCUCGAUCGAUGCAGUUAGUCGAAGAAGCCACGACGAUUCUCACAUCAGACACGCCCUAUUUAUUUUCCAAUACAACCGAAUCAGAUCGGUAUCCAAGUACAACAUCAACAUUUAUCAAAACCGAUGAUAAAUGGCCAUAUCGACGUCAACCUUCGCAGAAAAUGACAAACAAUAUGAGAACUUUCGCGCGACACACAACAAGUCUGUCAUCAGAACGUCAGCAAUCCAUUCCCCGCACAGAUACCGUGACAUCAACGAAUGGUUCAUUGUCGAUUCUACGACGAUCGCCAACGGGUAAAUCUACAAGUGUUCAUUUUCAACCCGUAUCAACAGUUCGUUCGUAUUUAACUGAAGCACGUGAACGUCUGUCAGGUAAACAUCGUGUUCCAUUACCGGAAUCAUUUGAUAAAUCAGUUGAUCGUCUUGUUUCGUCUGUGAAUAAAAAAUAUCGAUCACAACAGCCAUCAAAUGUACAUUCAUCAUCGACAACAUCAUCAUUUAGUUAUAUAAGUCAAUACUAUGCAAAAGAGGAGGAAAUCUUGAAUGAGUGCUCAUUAGAAACUGACCAUGAACAGCAAAGGUUAUAUUCAAAUUCCAAUACAAACCGGGCUCAUACUCAGAUUAUGAAAAAUCUUAAUAAAAGUCUAUUGGAUCGGACUUAUCAAGACGAUAAAAGUCGCUUUAAACAUGUCGAACACGAUUCUCGUCGUCGUCUACGUUCGUACGAAAGUCAAAUCUUACGACGAGAAUUGAAUUAUAAUCUGAUACGUAGUUUUUCUACGAGCUACCUAGAUGAUCUUAGAUGUGAAGAUAUUCGUUACCGUCAAACAGGACGUCGCUCAUCUGCAUACACAUACGAAGAUAUUCAAGACAUUUACAGUCCAUCGGUAUUAGAAGCUUUCAAAACGAAAACAAGUGUUGAUCGAGAAAAGCAUUCUCGUCGACAAAAGUCGAUACCACCUGAGCAACUAUCACCUGUUUCAUCGUCCGGGUACAGUCCAGUCAUGAUUGGAAGUUGUAACGAUAACAUGGACACUCAGAUAGGAAGUUUUGAAAUUGAUCAAAAAUCAUACAUAUCGAUCUCACGAACUCCCGGCAAUGUUCGUUUGGACGUGGACGUCUUCUACGAAAUCAUGCAACAGAGUUUUCGCGGUGUGGACGCGUUCAUUGCUGGUCAUGUCUCGCGAGCAUCGCAGUACACAAAACAAAAGUCGGCUAAAUCACAGUCAAAAAUUCCUGAUAAUGACAGUGAUAUUGAUAUCAAAUCAAACUCAUCGUUUUGGUCUGAUGAAGAUGAAGGCCUGCAAACAGAAGAUAAUCAUCAGCGAAAGACUAUUCCACAUCAACGAAAACUUUCGCGUUAUUUGUCAACAGUCAAUCGCUCAUUACUUGAUCGACCAAGUGAUUUGAUUGCUGACUUUUAUCUUUCACAAUUGAAUCGAAAUAUGCAAGAUAGUGUGAGACAUGUCGAAAUUAUUGCACGGGACAAAGCUUAUAAAAACGAAAUUAUUGACGGUGUGCGUGCACAAUUAAACCGAAGUCUAUCUGCUGAACACUUAUUUCAUGUGCGAAAAGAACAUUUACGUUAUAAACAACCAUUUCACGCUCCAACAUCAUUCACAACCGAAGAUGUCGCCGAUAUUUAUAAACCAUCGAUCUUAGAAAACUACAAACGAAAGAUUGCUAUUGAACUUGAACGACGCCGGCGAGAACGACCUGCCCAACAAGUCUCAGGAAUUUCAAGCACAUCAACACAUAUAUCUAAUACUCAUUUGAAUAGCAACGUAGUUAGAGCGUCGCAUCCACCCAUUAUUGAGUACCGUCAAGGAAAUCCAGCACGUCCUGAUAUUCCAAUCGUGCAAACGAAAGAAAUUGUUAUGGGACGUGCGCGUCGAACUCUAACAAACGAUGGUGACGAGAUAAUUACUCAUCAUGUCAGUACCACUUUACCACCAACAAUCUACUCGGAUUGUCGCAAGCCACCUCCAUCACCCUCACGGAAACGAAAGAUCAGGAUCAUAGCAACGAUUCAUGAUCAUCGAGAAGAACCAUUGGUAACAGAUGUGGAUUCACAAGAGUUGAUUGAUAAAAAACGGAGCUGUAUUCGACAACAUGAGCGCAAUGACGAGGAGUUGAAUGAUGCGGUGAGCACGUCAAAACAGGUCAUCAAUUCGCAUCUAUUGACCACCGUUCCACAGCGUCCACCAGCGAAAAUCUAUACUAACAAUCAGCCAACAAAACCAAUAGAAGUUUGUCAAGCGAAUGUCAUUGAACCAGAUGAUCAUCAUUUAUCUAUGGUAAGUAUAAAUCAAACCGUUGCAGUACAACAAACUCAAUCACUUCGCAUUCCUGUACAUGACUAUCGACAUGCAACUAUGUUGACAUCACCGCAACAUCCGUUGUCAUUGGCUGAUCAAUCGUGUGAUGAACAACUGACGCAGUUCAACGUACAACAACCUGAAUACGGACACGGAACUUUACUUAGGACACAAAACGAGCAAAUCGCAAAGAUUCAGCAGGACAUUCCGAUAUUUGAAGUCCUGCGUGAUUCUCAUCCUUCGAUACCAGUUGCGAACAAUGUCAAUGAAAUACAGAGUAAUAACGAACAUUCACUAUACACACCACAUGUCAAUGAACAGCCGACGGUUCUACAUUCAUCACAAGUGCAGCAAUUAGAACAAACUGACGAGAACAUCAUCGAUGAACAAAGUAUUGAAUUUGCUGACGAAAGCAUAAAAAUUGAUGAACAAUUACCUGAAAUUGAGAAAACAACUGUCCAAAUGGAAUACUCCUAUGUCACAUCGAUCAUACAACUUCCUAUUAACCAUUCGAUUCUCUCUGCUUCGCUUGUUGGAGAUUUGCUUCCUUCUGCCGAGAUACAGCAUGCAACUGAAGUGACCGACGAUAAUUAUUACUUGAAACCUUGUGAAAUAGUUCAGGAAAACGUUCGAAUGCCGAUUAUUACUGAUAUUACUGACUGGAGAGCUGAACAAGUUGAAAUUAUUCCAGAUGAAUCUCUUCUUUUCACAUCACAGCAUGCUCGAUAUACCAAUUCCGAGCCGAUCGAAUACGCUCAAGUACAAAUCAAUCAUGCCGAGCAGAAUAUUGCCAUACUUGACCAUGAAGAACAAGUUAAAACGUUGACUGACCAUUCAACUCUUGUUGAACAUCAACAACAAGUCACUUUGCAGAUCAAUGAUACACCAAUACUAGAGAAGCUAACUCAGGCUAAAACAAUUGUCACGUUAAAUUAUGCAAAUCAUAACCAACGGAAACGGGUUACAUCACAAGAUGAUGAAGAUGCGCCUUCGACAUCAUCAUUCAAUGAGAUAGAAGCUUAUUUAAAUGACUUCGAAGAGACUCUCAAUCAUGAACAGCAUCUUCCACUAAUCGAUCAAAUAUCUCUCUCACACGACACAUCAAUGAUCGCUCGUCAGCAUGAACGUCCAACGCGUUCAUUACCACUCGACUGGUUUCAACCAACAGGUCAUCCACGCGACGAGCAACUUGUCGAACAAACCACUAUGCUCAAUGAUUUGGACACUCUUCCACACGAAGGCACAUUACAUCGUCAACAAAUCGAAGUGAAAUGUGCAAAUAUAAACAUUCUCACAGAUACCGAUGCAUAUUAUGGGGAAGAAAAAUCGAGCAAUUCCACACUAGUCGACGCACAAAAUAAUACACACAUACCGGACAAUCUUAGUCAUCAUUCUUUAACACAGGAGAUAUUUGAUAAAGAUAACGAUAGCAUUACCUGUGUCCUCAACAAUACUGUUAUCAAUCCGCAACCAGCAGAAAAUAUUUUACCAUCUUCUUCAGUUACAACUACUACAUUGCUUUCACAAUCUUCACCACCUCCUACAUCGUCAUCGACAGCAGCAGCACCACCACCUGGUGUACCGAUCGUUUAUUUCCUCGAUGCUCUUGCGGUCGAAUCCAAUCAAGCAAACAAUCCGAUGAAAAACUUUCUUCUAACCAUUGGCUUCGGCCAGAAUGAUACGAAUGCAACCACCAACACAGUUUCCGUAGACGAUCAACUGUCACGACCAACAUGGGUUAAUCGUUCGACACCCGACAAGAUUCCCAUGCUGUCAACGAUCAUUCAUCAAGAUGGUCAACCCAUUCAACAAGCCUUACGAGAAACGAAACUUCAUUAUGCUGUCGAAAGUCAAAUUGAAGACGAUGAUAUUGCAUUCAUUAUACCUCCACAUCGGUUAGAAUUCGGUCAUGACUUAAAUGAAAACGUUCAGAAACCAUUAUGUCCUCUCUUCGAACUUCCACAUCUACAUCUACCUAUUAUCAAUGAAAUAUACGUCUAUAGAAUGAGUUUUCAUCAUGAUUUUCCACUUUUCCAUCCACCAGACAUCUUACCACAUGUACUCGUUGCGAAAACACACGAUGACCAUAUGCUUCUCCCAAUCGAUUGUCGAAAAACUCAACCGGCGAUCUUAUCCUGCGCUAAAAUUCUCGACCUACUCGAUCUUGAACAAGAUGUAGAAAUCUUCACUAAAAAAUUAAACGUACCAAGUUACAUCGAACACUGUCAUAUUCAACCGUUACAUCCAUUUCCUGAGACAUGUUACGCUGAAAUCACUCAACCAGAAAUCCUCGGUAAACACGAAACAAAAUUUCUGCUAAAUAUCAAGCAAGAUGAGGUAAAACUCGACAAGGAGUUGUGCUUACGCAGCAGCCUGCACGCAUUCUGCUUUCAUGAUUACCCUACUAAUCCACAUGCUAGUGCUUCACUAUAA